AUGCCCGUCAAAGUCCCCUGGUCGAGACUGAUACGCUUUAUUGCGUCAGACGAUCAAAUUUACUACGGAGAUGUCAUCACAGACGACCCCGAUUUCGACGUCGGGGCUGCGGCGGCCAAUAGAGCGGCCACUCCAGUCCGUGCCAAAGUCGUCGUCGGAGACCCCUUUAGUAAGGACUGUGAGGUCACGGAGCGAGUCGACACGGUGAAGAAGCUAUUGGGUCCCUUCAGCAGGCAGGAUGCACCCGUGAUCCGUUGCAUCGGAGGGAAUUACGCAGAACAUUUGGACGAACUCAACUACAAACGGCCAAGUCAUCCGAUUAUGUUUCCCAAAACCCCGAAUGCAGUGGCAGGCUACGGCGACGACGUGGUGAUCCCGAAGAUUGCGCAGGAUGAUCAAGCCGACUACGAGAUCGAAUUGGCAAUCGUCAUGGGCAAGGAUGCGCUCAAUGUGACAGCCGAGGAAGCGUACGACUACGUGGUCGGAUACACGGUCUCAAAUGACAUGUCGACGCGGAAAUGGCAGCUUGAUCCCGAACUUGCCGGCGCACAACCGCAGAUGAGCUUCUCAAAAAGCUUUGAUGGAUUUCUGCCAAUGGGUCCCUGUGUCGUCAGCGCAGAGGUAGGAGCAUUCUCCCGUUUCUUCACGUCCCUGCCCUAUGCUGUGGGUCUUGCAAAGAAGUUUCUGCGUUGUCCUUCCAUCAAGGACCCUCAAUCGCUGAGCCUCCUGACCCGCAUCAACGGCCAAGUUCGCCAGAAGAGCAGCACCAAGAACAUGAUCUUCUCUGUUCCCGAGAUCAUCCAGCACUGUAGCCAGGGGACGACUCUGCAGGCGGGCAGCAUCCUUACGACGGGAACACCAUCGGGCGUGGGCUAUCGUAUGGACCCGCCCCAAUACCUUCAGCACGGAGAUUGUGUGGAGAUGACCAUUGGGGGAAUUGGGACACUGGUGCACGGCAUUGUCUAUGCUUAG